UCAAAACAUUGCAUUUCGUCAAGAGUUCUGCUGGUUGUUUAAGCGCUGCAGGAUAUUUUUACAAAAUUUGCAAAUUAAGACCCGCUUCACAGAGCUGUUUUUGUUUUAAUGAAAUUAUUUUAUUCAUGGUCAAUGUGUGAGCAGCCUUGAGGUCGGCGAAUUGCGGGCGGUGAAUACACGGAAAAAUGGCGGAGAAUUUCCUGAAAACAGGGUGUAUUUCGAUGCAAAUCAACCGAGCUGAGCUCCAGAAGGUUCGAGUAAAGCUCUCCCGGGAUGCUUUGACCAUUCAAAAGGAAGGAACUGGCAGUGUUUCCCCUUCUUCUUCUUCUCCAGUUAACCAGCCUGAGAGCACAAAUGGCAAAGCUGAGUCCCCAACAUGGAAGAGAUCCCCAUUCACUAGCACAAAUGGUGAAGCUUCCUCUCCUACUCAAAAGAAGCCAACACCCCCCAUAGGGGAAAGAAAAGUGAAGCUCACCAAGAGAAAAGUAGGGGGACUGGGAAUGAGUAUUAAGGGAGGACGAGAGAGUAAUCUUCCAAUAGCUAUCUCAAAAAUAUACAAAGAUCAAGCAGCUUAUGAAACAGGUCAACUUCAUGAAGGUGAUAUUAUACUUGAGGUUAAUGGACAAGACAUAAGAAGAGCCACACAUGAUGAGGCAGUAGCUGUUCUUAAAAAGGGAGGUUCAGAGAUUGAACUAACUGUCAUUCACUCUUCUUCCCAUUCAUCAGUUAAUGAUAGUGAAAUGACAGCAGGAACAACUUCUGAAGUGAGUCAGUCCAGUGUAUCAAAACAAGCAAAUGGAAUUGUUAGAAGUGUUGAAGAGUCAUCAAGUGAUGCUGAAUGUAGAGAGAACAGCAGUCAAAAGUCGUCUGAAGUUGGAGAAACAGAUUCUAACUCAUCUCUUCAGAGCUGGACAGAUAACAUUGUUCUUCCUCUGACAUUUGCUUCAGUGUCAAGAUACAAGUCAGGGGAAGACACAUUAAGGAGCAAUGCAUUUGAAGUCAGCUCAAUGGAUGGUGGUGCCUCAGUUGUGCUUUACAGUGAGAAUAAAGUGGAACUGUUGUCUUGGUACUCAGCAAUCAAAGACAGAGUGGUUCUGUUGUUGGAACAAGCUAUGAACUUGUCCAGUGCAUCUUUACCAUCCUCUGAGCAAGUGAUACACAUGGGUUGGAUAUGGGAAAGACUUAGGUCUACAAAUCACUGGAAUGUCUGGAAAAGAAAGUUUUUAACAGUUAAAGGCUCUGAACUACAAAUAUUUGAAAUGCCACCAGUUGCCACAAGAGACUGGCUCCAAAGUGAAGUGUCCUACAACUUAAUGGAAAUAGUUUGUCAUACAUGUAAGGAAGAUGAACAAGUGGACAAGAGAGAUAACUGUUUUACUGUCCAGUCCUGUUCUGGUGGCAGUCACUAUCUUGCAGUUGACACAGAAGCAGAUUUGACAGAGAUUGUCAACCGAGUACAGGAGGCCACUCAUCAGGCUGUUGUACAAAUUGAGUCACGAUCAUUUCCAGGAAAGUGGCGUGGACAGAGUGUGAAGCUUGUGUUGGACCUGAAAAGAGGACUGCGACUAUACAGUGGAACAGAUCGGUCUCUUCUGUGGCAGUAUCGGUUCUCAUUUCUCCGUGGUUCUUCAGAUGAUGGAUCUCGUAAGAUUGUUUUGUUGUUUUCUCAGUCACCAGCUGGUCCCUUUGAUCGACAGGAAUUAGAGUUCACUAAUAUGCAACAGGUUUUGACAGUGAUGCAUGCAUUCUACGCUGCAAAAGUUGCACAAGUUGAUCCAAACUUCUCUUUUGACAACAGUUUUUGAGCAACAUACUCUCCAGAGGUGGAUUUCAACAAAUCACACUUCAAUAUUGAUGACAAGAACUGACUCUUUUUCUCACAUAUCAUCACUUGGAAAAGGAUUAAGUUUAAUAAUCAUUUUGAUAACAUAGCUAGUAAAUUUGUUUAUCAAAUUCAAUUAUGCGAGCGUGCUUCAUAUUCCUAUUGUGCACGCUCAUGACGUCAGCAAACAUAUUCCUCAAGAAAAAAAUUUUCCAUCGGGUUGAAAAUGUUAUAAAACAAUUGGUUCAUACAUGAGCUGUGCAUUCAUUGAGAUAUGAAGCACUUGGGAAGUUUAGAGAGCACUCAAGAAGCUAGAGUUGCUCUCGGCUUUACCUCAAGCAACUCUUAUGCAUCUUUUGUGCUCUCCAAACUUUCUGUGUGCUUCAUAUCUUGAUGAAUGCACGCUGACGUAUGAACCAAUUGUUAAUUAUGAGUAUAGAAACUUGAGCUUCCUUUCUUUUGGACCAGGUAGACAAAUGUGUGCUGUACCUUGCUGCUGUAUGAAUGUCCAUGCAAUGAAACUCUCUGCAAACCUCCUAAUAAAAGAUGCUUAUGUAGUUUUGAUUAUUUUUUAAGCCAGGAAGGCAAAUUGACUUGCCAAACUUUUUUUAUUUAUUUUAGAUGAACUUAAACCCUGUGGAUUGAUAAUCCCAAUUUUUUGUUCUUGUUAUGAUUAUUAUGUUAUGUUUAGGAGCCUUUACAGUAAGUAAGAAUCAGUCAGGCAAAAAGUCCAAGGUGAUAAGAUCACUCUGUAUUUUUCUAAAAUUAAAUGUUCAUUUUUACAAGAAGAUUACCUAAAACAAAGACAACUCUGUUUAGGGAAGUUACCUGGAUUGCAUACAAAGCAGUUAGAAUCAAAUCAAUUUGAAUUAGUUCAAGUGGAACAUGAAGAGAGUAAAUAAAUGACAAACAUGUUACUUUACCAGCAAGUUUGGAAUUAUUGGACCCAAAGAGAUAAAGUAGUAUUAAUGACGAUACAAUAAAUUACAAUAAAGACUUAAUAACUUUCUCAGAGGGGAGACAUUCAAUUUACUAUUUGGUAUCUUAUAGUAUCAAACAGAAUUGGGAGACUCUGUUUGAUAAUUUACGAGCAAUAUCCUCUUGACUAAAUAGAAGUUCCAGGCAGGUGUUUUCUGCUCUGAUGUUGAAUUUAGCGUUUGAGCAAAUGAUUGAGCACUUACUGUCCAAUAUUAAAAUGUCAUAGGUUUAUUGUUGUGUAAUAACAAUAGACAUUCCAGUGAACAGUAUUUACUAGGAAUUUAUUUCAAAAUUUAUGUAAAUAAAUAUAUCAAAUACAUUAAAGUAU